AUGAGUGACCAGGGGGACAUUUGUCCCCACCUGAAUUCCAUAGGGGAGGUCACCAAGGAGGAGCUUCUGGAGAAAUCCAAGGUGAGUGUGAAUGGUUUCAAGAGAGAUUUGCUGCGUCAAGCAUCUGUAAUAUGUAUGGAAUGGAUGCAAUUUGUGACAUCAUGCAUUUAUUUUACUUUUGAGUCACGUCUUCUAGAUUUGCCUUCACAUUCUGGUGGUCUGACAGAAUCACAUGGGAGAUGGUGCUGUAUGAUUGUUUUUCAGCUAAUACUGUUUGUUUUCUGUCCCGUUCUGAAGGGAACCUGCCAGUCAUGUGGAGCAGGAGGCCCCAACCUCUGGGCCUGUCUGCAGGUAAACAACAGGGGUUUUCUGUGGGUCUGUUUUCCCUCCAAAUAUUUUGAGAUGGAUGACUUGUACAGAUUCAAAGGCCAUGACAUAAUUCUCAGGAUGUGUUAUUAUGACGCUUUUAUAACACUCUUUCAGAUGGAUUAUAUUGAUUGUUGUUUUUACCCCAUAGAUGUGUAUGUCUAAUGUAUUACUUUAUUUCUCUUGGUCAGAGCGAGUGUCAAUAUGUUGGAUGUGGAGAAACCUUUUCAGAUCACAGCACCCUACAUGCACAGGUGAAUUUUUUGCCAAGCUUUUUUUUCCUUGGGUAGCGAGAGAUGCCAUUUCUAGAAAGCAUGCAACAACAAUGUUUUUCAAAGCUUAUUGUGUGUGUGUGUUUGUUUGUGUGCGUGUGCUCAUCCCCCUAGGCAAAUAAACACAACCUGACAGUGAACCUGACCACGUUCAGGAUCUGGUGCUAUGUGUGUGAGAGGGAGGUGUUUCUGGAGCAGAGGCCUGCAGCCGUACCUACCAUGUCUGCCACACACACUCCCCACCACUGUAAAGCUAUUGAACACCAGGUACGCCAUCGCACAAAGGUCAGCUCAACUAUAUUCAACUAUACUGUGUUUACGUGCCAUUUGAGCUCCGGUCAAAUGUAGUGCACUAUAUAGAGAAUAGGGCGUCAUUUGGGACGGGCCCUAUAUCAAAUAUGGGUAACGCCAUCAUAUGUUUCAUUAGUAAACAUUAAUCAACUAUUCAUAAGUACUGUAUUAUGUACUAUGUAUAAAGCAUUUCUAAGCAUUUAUUUAAUAUAAAGUUUUACUCCACUAUUCUGUUUAAUUUUGAUUAGCUCACAAUUGACACCUGUGAGCUGAAAUGCAGCCUAUGCUGUAUUCAUAUAUUGUGUAAUUGGCUUUCCACAGGCAGACACUGAUGUCAUUAUUUGUUGUUUUUAACGAUGACUUACUUUCCCAGGAUGCAGUUCAUCAACCAGUGAGUCACCACCACCCGUUGAAGGCGGUCCCUAUCGCGGUAGCCGAAGAAGAGUGGUCAGAGUCGGAGGAGGAUGAGCUCAAACCCAGAGGUAACCUCAGACCCCCUUCUCUCAUCGUCAUGGCAUAUAUUCAAUAACAGUAAAGACUGUAGUCCAGCAUAUCCACAGUUAAACUGAUACCCUUAGCGUUAUAUCAUUUGUAUUUUUUAUCUUUAUGGAUGACACAACCAUAGAUCUAUCAAAUAUGAUCUGCAGCUUAAAUUAACAUAUUAUGUUAAAAAUGUAACAUCGAUCAGGCAAAUGCCAGCUGUCGAGGUCUAGGACUCUGUAGAAUCGGUUCUUUCAUCCUUUGAAAAGCUUUACAGGUCUAUUCCUUAGUGAAUUAUGCCAAUCUGAUUUGGGCAGAGACCUCCCAAAUGAUCUGAGAGCUAGAUGAUGCAAGCUCAGGGUUAGGAGAAAUAUAAUUGCUUUGGAGCCUAAGAAUAGGUACCAGAUCCAUUUAACUACCGGUAAUACACUGAAGGUCAUCAUUAACUGACAGGGUCUGUGUCAUGCAUGUUCUCCAAAUGUUAGGUGUAAACACAGUGGAGUGGCCAGUAUCAAACCCUUACCAUAUAGUCCUAAUGUUAUAAAUAUACCUGUAUGAUGUUAUUAUAGCUUUUUUUAACCUACAUCUCAUCCUCUCAAAGGUCUGACAGGGAUGAAGAAUAUCGGUAACUCCUGCUACAUGAACGCAGCACUUCAAGCCCUGUCCAACUGGUGAGGUCACUUCCUGUCUUGUUUCCUCAUUAGUCUGGGGACCUAUGGCAGAUAGAUUGACAUGGUUCUGAGACCUGUCACUGAAGUGUUUGCGUGGGCAUGUGUGAAUGAGUGUGCGAGCGAGCAUGUGCGCGUGCUUGUGUACCUGCAUCUCAGCAGAAGUAAUUGUAUUCGUUUUCAAUAGAUUUAAACAUUGACUGACCAGUUCUUUCUUCCUUCUCCUCCUCUCUAAUUGCUCUCCUCUCCAGUCCUCCUCUCACUCAGUUCUUCCUGGACUGCAGUGGACUGGUGCGGACUGACAAGAAGCCUGCACUGUGCAAAAGCUACCAGAAACUAAUCUCUGAGCUCUGGCACAAGAAACGGUACCAUACACACUUGACACUAUAUUUCUUAUCUCUGUUACAGUACUUAUCUCUGUUAAGGUACUUAUCUCUCUGUACAGUACUUCUCAGUGUGCAAAUUGUUGGACUAGAGAUUCAUAGGAUGAAAUCCAAGAAUGCAGCAAGACACUGUCUGACAAAACACACUCUCUCCUCUCUCUCCAUUCUCUCUGCUCCAGGCCCAGUUACGUAGUCCCUACCAGUUUGUCCCAGGGCAUCAAGCUGGUCAACCCCAUGUUCCGUGGCUACGCCCAGCAGGUAGGGGCAAGCUCCCAGCAGGUAGGGAACAAAACAAUGCCCGACCCCUAGCCCUCCGGCCCCUCUGACCCCUGACCUAACCCACCUCUCCCUAUGUCCCCUCCCAUCCCCCCAAAAUGACCCCUGUUGCCACAAACCUAAUUUCCCCCCGGGGACAAUGAAAUUUGAUUGGUUGAUUGAUUGUUGUGUAGCUGAUUGGCAUCUUGAAGUAGGGUGCGAAGACUAUGAAAUGGUGUGCAUCCCAAAUGGCACCCUAUUCCCUAUGUAGUGCUCUACUUUUGAUCAGGGCCCAUAGCAGUGCAGUAUAUAGGGAAUAGGGUGCGAUUUGGGAUGCAGCCAUGAUCUAACUAACCCACAGUAACCAGAUGAAAUGCGUUCAAUGUUGGGUUGAUUGGAAUGGGAUUGUGUGUAUUUUACUGGUUUGGGUUUGACUGCUGUGGAAAAUCCAUUUAUCUAAUUCGAUCUAAAAAUAGUGUUGAGUUAAGCCUGUGUGUGGUGAGCAUGUUCUCUCUGUUUGUCCUUGUGCUUCCUCCUAUCACCAUCACACACACUCUCUCAAUGGCUGUCUCUGUCUGUCCCUAGGAGCUGCAGGGAACACGCAUACAAUACUGUCCGCACUACACACACACACACACACACAUGUCUCUGUGUAUAGGACUGCUCCGCACACUCUCCCUCUGUGUUUUCUACUGUAGGACACCCAGGAGUUCCUGCGCUGUCUGAUGGACCAGCUCCACGAGGAGCUCAAAGAGCCACUGGCAGAGUGUGGCGGGGGAGGGGAGGGGGAUGAGCGGAGGGACGGGGGCGACCGCUCCCCCUCCGAGGACGAGUUCCUCUCCUGCGACUCGGGCGCCAGCAGCGACCGGGGGGAGGGAGGGGGGCUGGGGGAGCCCGAGCUGCUCAUUCAGGACGAGUGUGGGGUGGGGCCGAGAGUUGGAGGAGGGGGGACAGGCACAGGGGGGCCCAUCUCAGAGAAAGAGAGGCUGAAGGAGAAAAGGGUGUCGGGCUCGCCCCUCCACGGGGGCUCCCAGGAGAUGGACGAGGACGCAGAUGUGGACACGACAGCGGCCGAAGAGGGGGCUCUGGAGAGGGGAGCAGAGGAGGAGGAGGGGACCCCCCCUAGCCCUAAGCCACAGAGUCCGAGUAAGACACAGGGGCAGACGCAGAGCAACAGCACUCGAGGUAGGGGCCUCGUAAUGGUGGAAGUAGAACUUUAAAAAAAAAAAUGUAAGUGUGUGCGUCUCUGUGUGUGGAGUGACCUGUUGUAGUGAUGUGUGAGUACAAGUAAGUAAUCUCUAAAAGCCCCCUCUUCCUCUUUCCUCUCCUACCCACCUCUACCUAGAGCCAGACAAUGAGGCAUCGAUGCAGCAGCGCCCCCAGUCUCGCCCCUGCAGCCCCGUCCGUACUGUCCAGGAACUGCACCCCAAACUCUCCCCCAGCCCCACUCGCUCCAGCCCCUUCCGCUCUGCAGGGCCCGCAUACUCAUUUAAGAAAGGUAUGGGGUGGGUUCUGGUCGAUUCACGUACAGACACACACUCUGUCACGCACUCCACCGACACACACAGAUACACACUGUGACGUGCGCUCACUCUCUCUCUCACACACACACAAAGACACACACUAUCCCCUUACACACAAACUAAGUUACCCAUAAUCCUCCCCUCCACAGCCCAGCUGUUCCUGGGUGCCAAGAAGCAGAAGCAGUCUCGCUACCGCAGCGUCAUCUCAGACAUCUUCGACGGCUCAAUCCUCAGCCUGGUCCAGUGUCUGACUUGUGACAGGGUGAGCUGUGUGUCAUGUGUCGUAACACAAGAGUGCGCCAUUUACAUAACUCAGCUCCACUUCUUCUAUUGAAACCUCACACUACUGUCACAUGAAUAUUGAACAUUGACGUGUUGCAAUUUGUAGACAUUUUACCACAGUUUUUAAUGCAUAAACUUGAUCCUACUUUAUCCAUGAAUAUGAUGGAUUCUGCUUGUUUGGAUUAUCACUAUUCAGAUUGUUGAGACCAUCUCUCUCUCGCUCUCGCUCUCCCCUCUUCUCUUCUCCCUCCUCAUCUCUCCCCUCCCCCCUAUAGGUGUCGACCACAGUGGAGACCUUCCAGGACCUGUCCCUGCCCAUCCCAGGUAAGGAGGACCUGGCCAAGCUACACUCCUCCAUCCACCAGAACCUCCCAGCCAAGACCGGGGUGUCUCUGGAUGUCUACGGUUCCCAGGGCUGGAUCACUUACAUCAUGGACUCCAUACGCAGGUGAGGGAGCUGGGGGGUAGGGGGAUGGGGCUGGAGGGUUGGGGCUGCUGGGGAUGGGGGCAGACCGGGAGUGUGUGGUGUAGAACAGGUAUGAUGGUCUGUCAUGUAGAACAAGGAAUCGUGUUAGCUCUAUUCAAUGAAUUUCUAUCUGCCACAUCUCUGGAUUAUGUUAUAUUAACUUUAUAUUUCUGUGAGGGAACUUCUUGUUUGGAUCGGUUAAAAAACAACAACAUACAAAAUAAACAGGUUACACAGUAGACACUUCCUUCCAGCCUGGGGACGGGGAUACAGAAAUAAACAGGACAAUAACAUCAUACACAUCCGUGAGUGCAAUAGAGCAGGACUUCCACAGCGGAGUUGGGGGACUCCGAUCACGCAUACUCGCCGCCCGCAUUGAUAGCGGUAGUUUGUAACAUUACAUUUACAUUUACAUUUUAGUCAUUUAGCAGACGCUCUUAUCCAGAGCGACUUACAGUGCAUACAUUUUUUUUUUUUCAUACCCCCUGUGGGAAUCGAACCCACAACCCUGGCGUUGCAAACACCAUGCUCUAUCAACUGAGCUAACAUCAUAAAGUUCACACAGCAGCAUUAUGGAGAAUCGUGCCUCUGCCUCACUUCUUCCUCCUCCCCUGCCGACUUGUUGUUGUUCACUCUCAAAGAAGUAGCUAGCUAGCGCUCGCUCUCUGUCCGGCUGGCUAGUCACAGUUCCAUCGGCAUCCUGCAUCUCCAUGGAUACCACCAGGGAUCAGACGAGAUGCACACAAAAAAUGCUAAUAUCUGCUAUUUACAUUAUUAGAUGGCAAUUCAUUUGUUGGAUUAUAUUAUUAGUUGGCAAUGAUAACACUUUACAUUGCACAUGCAUCAUUCCAAGGGAAUAACCUAUGUAUUAAUCUUGUAACAAGUAUGAAAGCAUAUGUAACAGCUUACUAUGUAUUCACCCCCCCAUGUCUACCCCUCUGUAGGUUUGUGGUGUCCUGUAUCCCCAGCUGGUUUUGGGGUCCUAUGGUCACACUGGAGGACUGCCUCGCUGCCUUUUUCGCUGCUGAUGAGCUCAAAGGUUAACUUGUCAAGAUAAAGUUGUCUAAUAAUAUGCCUAGAUUUCAGCUGUAUGAUCCAUUCAUAAUCAGAACAUGAAAUAAAUGGUCAGUAAUUUCUUAAUUCAUUGUUUUACAGGGGACAACAUGUACAGCUGUGAAAGGUGUAAAAAGUAAGUAUUUGUGGAAUUUGUAGUUGCAUUUAGCAUUAGAAGAUCAAUCUGUCUAGUUGGUAAAACAGAUCACAUUACAACACAACACACAUUUUAAUACUUUUUCCCUCAUCUUCCAGAUUGAGAAAUGGUGUAAAAUAUUGCAAAGUACUUCGGCUACCUGAG